CGUUGAAGAAGUAACAUUCAAAAGGAAUCUUUACGCUCGAGUAUUAGCUACAAAUCGAAAAUGCCACGCCGCUACCAGAAACUAAUCAAUGAAGACAGCAGCAUGGACAGCAUCGCCACACGACCACAGCAGAGGGAGUCCAAGCAGCAGCAGCAGCAGGAGGCACAACAACAGCAGCAGCAGCAUCGCCAUCAGUACCAGCAACAGCCCGCAAAUGUGGGCUACCAUUUGUAUCUGUAUCGCCAGCAGCUGGCACGUCGCAAUGUGGAGUACAUGCGACUGUCCAAGGCCAAGUAUUGCAUCACGGACACACUGCUGAACAAGACGGUGCGGAAUCUGAAGGCCUGCAGCGUGGACGAGCUGAAGACGGUCAACAAUCAGAUUGUGUUUCGGCACAAGCUGAAGCAUCAGAUACGUCGCCUGCGCAAGCUGCACUUUUUGGGCAUCAAAAAUGCCAAUCCCAAGAUGGAGAGCACGGAGCUGUGAGCUGUCAGCUGUGAGAAGAGCAACGGGAGGAGCGGCAGACAGGAGGAACCAGCAAAGCCACAGGAAACUUCCAGCUUCUGUCAAACAGAGGCCCUGACCUGCGCGUAACCAAAAAACAUAGUUUAAGUGGCGGGCACUGCAUUAAUCUAUAU